AUAACACCAGCUACAAGCUAAACGAACACACACACACAAAAGAAAGUUGUAAUAAUAAGAUUAAGAGAGAGGAAGGGAAAGAUGCCCGGGAUAACAAUAGGAGACACGGUUCCGAACCUUGAGGUGGAGACGACACAGGGCAAGCUCAAGCUCCACGACUACUUCGCCGAUUCAUGGACCCUCCUCUUCUCCCACCCCUCGGAUUUCACGCCGGUUUGCACGACGGAGCUCGGGGCAAUGGCCAAGUAUGAGUCCGAGUUCCACAAGAGAGGGGUCAAGCUCUUGGGCUUGUCCUGCGACGACCUUGGCUCUCACAGAGAGUGGAUCAAAGACGUCGAGGCCUUCACGCCAGGGUGUAAGGUGACGUAUCCGAUAAUAUCCGACACGAGCAGGGAGAUCAUUCCUCAGCUCAACAUGGUAGAUCCGAUUGAGGGCGAUGCUGGAAAGAUUGUCCCGUCUCGUGCUCUCCAUAUCGUCGGCCCCGAUUUCAAGAUAAAGCUGAGCUUUUUGUAUCCAUCGUCAACGGGGCGGAACAUGGAGGAGGUGAUAAGGGCAUUGGACUCGCUCCUGAUGGCAUCGAGACACAAAGUGGCGACACCCGUGAACUGGAAGGCGGGCGAGCCUGUCGUGAUUUCGCCGUCAGUGUCGGACGAGGAGGCCAAGAAGCUGUUCCCUCAGGGGUUCGAGACCGUUGACCUUCCCUCCAAGAAGACCUAUCUCCGUUUCACCACUCCCACUUGAGAGGAUGUCGUCUGAUAUAUGGAAUAAAUAUAUGGUGUCAUAUACAUUAUAUAUAUAUAUAUAUAAUACAUCAUCAGACGCUGUAUGGUUGGUGGUAUAUAUGGAUAGACCAUGGACCGACUCCAUGAAAGAAAUGUUUUUUGUAAAGCUUACAGAUCUGAAAAAAAAAAUGGGUUUUUAAUCGAAGAAUAUACGUAUGUACAA